AAAAUUCAAACAUGGAGAUUCCAUGUGCGUAUGAAAGGAAAAUAUUUUCCAAGAAAAUGGUUGAGGAGAGUUUUAUUUUCACAUUCCAUACAAGGGAAGGUUGAGGGUGGACUUCGUUUUCAUACUGAAGGGUUUUUAUUGUUAUUAUUGUUUCCUUACAGCUGUAUUACAGGUGGGCACACAGAGUGAGAUUCUCAUAAAGGCCGAAGAAUCUGAAUCUGAAUCUCUUCUGGUUCCACCCUCCUUUGGAGACAAACAGAAGAGCUCCUGGAAGGAAUAAUCAUGUCUGUGCACAAUGAAAAUGGGAAUGGGGCUCCAACUAAAGUUGAGGGAAAGUAUGCUGCAAUCAUUGUGUGUUGGCUUCUGGGAAAUGGAUGCCUUUUUUCAUGGAACAGCAUGCUUACAAUAGGAGAUUAUUAUGCUUAUUUGUUUCCGGACUACCAUCCUUCAAGGGUCCUUACCCUAGUAUAUCAACCAUUUGCACUUGUAACAAUUGCAAUAUUGACAUACAAAGAAGCAAAAAUCAAUACUAGACUACGAAACUUAUUUGGAUAUACACUUUUCUUCAUAAGUACCCUUUUAGUCUUAGUUUUGGACUUAGCUACAUCUGGGAAAGGAGGACUUGGGACUUUCAUUGGAAUUUGUGUCCUUAGUGCUGCUUUUGGAUUAGCAGAUGCUCAUGUUCAGGGUGGGAUGGUUGGAGACCUCUCUUUCAUGCUUCCUGAAUUCAUGCAAUCUUUCCUUGCUGGUUUGGCUGCAUCAGGGGCUAUAACCUCUGGUUUGAGGUUGAUUACAAAAGCAGCAUUUGAGAAUUCAAGGGAUGGCUUUCGGAAAGGAGCCAUAUUGUUCCUUUCCAUAUCGACAUUCUUUGAGCUGUUUUGUGUUAUUCUCUAUGCAUUUGUCUUUCCAAAGCUACCAAUAGUGAAGUACUUCCGUGCAAAGGCAGCCUCUGAAGGAUCCAAAACUGUUUCAGCUGAUCUUGCAGCUGGUGGCAUCCAAACAACUGGGGCUGAAAAAGACCCAGAACAACCCGAGCGCCUAAGCAACAAACAGUUGUUACUUCAGAACAUAGACUAUGCGAUCGAUCUAUUUUUGAUAUACAUUUUGACAUUGUCUAUUUUCCCUGGAUUCUUGUCUGAAGAUACUGGAUCACACAGCUUGGGUUCAUGGUAUUCCCUUGUUCUAAUUGCCAUGUACAAUGGAUGGGAUCUAAUUGGGAGAUACAUUCCGCUCAUUAAAUGCAUAAAGUUGAAGUCGCGAAAAGGACUCAUGAUAGGAAUUCUCACCCGUUUCUUGCUCAUACCAGCAUUCUAUUUCACUGCCAAAUACGGAGACCAGGGCUGGAUGAUAAUGCUGACAUCCUUCUUGGGAUUAACCAAUGGUUAUUUCACAGUCUGUGUUCUUACAGAAGCACCAAAAGGGUAUAAGGGACCCGAACAAAACGCAUUGGGAAAUAUCCUCGUGUUUUUUCUCCUUGGAGGACUGUUUGCAGGGGUAACAGCUGACUGGUUGUGGCUCAUAGGCAAAGGAUGGUGACCGUUGAUUACUGUUCAACACGGGACAACGGUAAAGAUUUAUACUUAUAUUUUAUAGAUCAGUGAUGAAUAAAUGGAUGGCAAAGUAGUCAAUUCUUUAUUUGAAGUCUGGAUUGGUAUGUACAUUGUUCUGUUUUCAGAGUUGUAAACAAUCAACUGGUUUACAGGUUUAUAUCUAAUCGGCACAGUGGUAUAUUUCAUCUGUUUGCUCUCA